UUUUCACAAACAGCUGGAAGAAGCAAACGGAUUGGGAUAGUAUUAUUUUUCACUUUCUUUAAAAAAUUCAAAUUUGUAAAGAAUGUAAAACGUUAAUCUAUUGUGCUUUGUAGUUUCUAAUUCAAAUAAGUACUACCUGUCAUUAAAAACCUACGAACAUAAUAAUAAAUAUGUUGGAAUUGCCUCGUUUAACUAGAGCGUUGAGGGCGCACACACAACUAGACAAGCCCCGUUGUCUAAAACCCAGUAGCAAUGUGAAAAUAAUUGUCAAAAUUCCUGAUAACCUUCAAAGGUUUAAAACUCUAACAGAUAUUAUCAAUUACAUCAAACAAAAUGAACCGUCACCAGAGACUGUCAUAAACCUCAUAGAACAACUCAAAGAGGCAUGCAAACUCCUCACGGGAGAAGCUUCAAAUGACAUUAUAGAGGAUGCUGCAGUAUUUACUCUAAGAAUGUUCCUAGAUCAUGAUAUUGUUAUGCUCAAACAUCUUUCUCAGCUGAAGCAAAUGUUUGGAAAUGUUGUGUCAUCCACAGCUAAUAAGAUUUGUGUGAUUGUAACAACAAUAUCAAACAUUAUAACAGAUGAUACAAAGGAAUACAUUAAGGCUGAAAUAAAGGAAGUCAAAGAGAAUGUAAAGCUAUGGGGUGAAAACAUACAAUGUCACUACAUCCCAUACAAGCCAGCCAAGAAACCUUUAGCAAAAUUGACCAAAAAACCUGCAACUGCCAGUGCUUUUGUUACAGAUUUCUCUAUGAAAUAUAACAAUCAGGUUACAAACAGAGAAAAUGUAGCUAAAAUAUCACAACCAGUUUCCAAAUUCAGCAAAUUCUGGUUAGAAACAAAAGUAAAAGAUCUUUACGAGAACUCUACUGGCAUAUCAAGUGCAGACAUAUUACAAUCAAUAAUAACUUUGCUUAACUCUGCAAGAAGUAAUGAUGAACUACAGAACGAAAUGUUUGAACUAUUGGGUUUUGAUAAGUUUGAGUUUAUACAAGAAAUGUUACAACAUCGGCAAGAAAUCACUGACAGUUUGAAAGCACCACCGCCACAACCUACUAUAGCAGAAAUUUCUGCGUUGCUGCCUGAAAACAAAAUGCCUCAAUAUCUGUGUCAGGUGUCAGUGCAAUCUGGACAAGAGAAGAUGCUGGCCAAACUUGUAAGAAAGGAAGAAAAGAAAGCCAAGAGCUCAAAGAGAUUAGAUGAGGAUGAACAGGAACCUGAAAUCAACAUUGCUCAUUUGAGAUCUAAGAGAUUAGCUGACCUUUCAAAACCAAUUGUACCAUUUUCUACAUCAAAAUCAAAUGUUGAUCCUAUAUUACAAAAGAUUUCAUACACCCAAACAAAAGUUCAAUAUCCAAAUGUGUAUGACUCUUCGAUAAAUGCUAAAAACUCGGCUGGUUUCGUUUCUGGCCUAAAAUUUAUAUUGCCCGAAAACGCCGUAAGAAAAGACAAUAAGGAGUUUGAGGAAGUUAUAAUACCGAAGAAUGAACAGGCGCCUUUGGAAGUUGGAAAUAAACGCGUACCAAUUUCUUCAUUAGAUGAGAUCGGUCAAAUGGCGUUCGAGAACAUUAAAGAACUCAAUCGGAUACAAUCUGUGGUGUUCCAAACGGCGUACAACACUAAUGAGAACCUCCUGAUUUGCGCGCCAACGGGUGCUGGCAAGACCAACAUAGCUCUGCUUACUGUGGUGCAUCAGAUCAAACAGCACAUUGAGAAUAAUGUUAUAAUGAAGAAUACUUUCAAAAUAAUCUACAUAGCCCCAAUGAAAGCGCUGGCUUCAGAGAUGACGGCAAGUUUCGGCAAGAGACUACGCGGGUUAGGGAUCGUCGUAAAAGAAUUAACCGGAGACAUGAAACUAACGAAAACCGAAAUUCAGCAAACGCAAAUGAUUGUCACAACUCCAGAGAAAUGGGAUAUUGUUACUAGGAAGGGAGCAACGGAUACGGAAUUAGCGUCAAGAGUGAAACUGCUGAUAAUAGACGAAGUGCAUUUAUUACACGGAGACAGAGGUCCGAUAGUCGAGGCAAUAGUCGCAAGAACAUUACGACAAGUUGAGUCCACCCAAAACAUGAUACGGAUAGUUGGACUUUCAGCCACCUUACCCAAUUAUGUCGAUGUUGCCAGAUUCCUACGUGUAAAUCCAAAUGUUGGAUUGUUCUACUUCGACUCUCGUUUCCGUCCAGUACCUCUAGAACAGCAGUUCAUUGGUGUCAAGGAAUUGGGUAGUGGCGGCGGUUCACACUUGAGACUGAUGCAAACAAUGAACGAAAUAUGUUACGACAAAGCCACGGAAAUGGUUCAGAAAGGACAUCAAGUGAUGGUAUUCGUUCAUGCACGGAACGCUACGCACCAAACCGCAUUGAUUCUCAAAGAGUUGGCUCAAAAGAAAGGCCAUCUUAAGCAUUUUGAGCCGGAAGAUUCUGGUGGAUUCCUCAAAGCUAAGAAAAGUAUUAGCAGCAGUCCGAAUAAAAUAUUAGGAGAGCUUUUUGCAGCUGGAUUUGCUUGUCACCAUGCUGGGAUGUUGAGAAGCGAUAGGAAUAUGGUUGAAAAAUAUUUCGCAGAAGGCUACAUCAAAGUAUUGGUUUGUACGUCGACUUUAGCGUGGGGAGUCAACCUUCCGGCGCAUGCAGUUGUGAUAAGGGGUACAGAAAUAUACGACCAAAGCCACGGCACAUUCGUAGACCUCAGCAUAUUGGAUGUGCUGCAAAUAUUCGGGCGCGCGGGCAGGCCUCAGUUCGACACGUCGGGCACCGGGAUCAUAAUCACCACGCACGACAAACUUACACACUACUUGAAGUCUAUGACCAAUCAGUUCCCUAUUGAGAGCAACUUUAUCAAUCUUUUGGCAGACAAUUUGAACGCUGAAGUUGCUCUUGGAACAGUAACAAAUAUAGACGAGGCAGUGGAAUGGUUGAGUUACACCUACCUAUUUGUUAGAAUGAGAAUAAAUCCUCAGGUGUACGGUCUAUCAUACCAAGAAGCGUUAGACGAACCGAUGCUGGAGACGAGGAGGCGCGAGCUGAUCACUAACGCCGCCAUGCAACUAGAUCGCACGCACAUGCUGCGGUACAACGAGCGGACAGGCGACCUUAAUGUCACAGAUCUGGGUAGAACUGCCAGCCAUUAUUACAUAACGUGUGAGACGAUGGAAGUGUUCAACUCUAUGGUCCGCAAGUCUAUGACGCAGGCGUACAUUCUCGAAAUGUUGACCCGAUGUUCAGAUUUUCAACAGCUUAAGAUCAGGAAAGAAGAAUUGACAGAACUAUGGAAUCUGAAAGACCAAUACGGUGAAUUAAGAAUAGACGAUCCGCCAGAAGACAUCCAUUGGAAGAUCAACAUUCUGCUGCAAACAUACCUGUCACGAGGAAGGGUGAACGCGUCCUCUCUGCAAUCUGAUUUGAACUAUAUCAGUCAGAACGCUGUCCGCAUAGUGCGUGCGCUAUUCGAGAUAACACUACGCAAAAACAACGCUUACAUGGCCGGACUUUACCUGAAAAUGGCCAAAAUGAUGGAGCUGCAGCUAUGGGACUUUUACAGUGAUAUGAGGCAAUUCAACUGUUUCCCCAACGAGGUGUUAAAACAUAUAGAAUACCCAAUGCUGAAGCCUGAUCAGAUAAGAGACAUGGAUUGGAAGGAAUUAGGUGAUCUCAUUCGUAACCCCAAAGCAGCAAGACACCUCAAGAAGUGCGCGGAUGAGUUUCCGCUCUUAGAAAUGGAGGCAAGCUUGCAUCCCAUCACUAGGACCGUGUUACGGAUACGACUCACUAUCACUCCUAAUUUUAAAUGGAACGACAAAUAUCACGGAAAAGCGCCAGAGGCAUUUUGGAUUUGGGUAGAGGACCCUGAAUCGGACAUUAUGUAUUAUCACGAGUAUUUCCUCAUUACCAAGAAACAGGUCAUAACAAAAGAACCUCAAGAACUUAUUAUAACUAUUCCAAUAUCUGAACCUUUGCCGCCUCAGUACUACAUAAGGGCUACAUCUGAAAGAUGGGUAGGUUCUGAAAGUGUGCUGGCUUUAACAUUCCAACAUCUGAUUCUACCAGAAACACAUCCUCCACAUACUGAUCUCCUGGAACUUCAGCCGUUGCCAGUCACGGCACUCAACAAUCCGUCCUACGAAAUGCUGUACAACUUCAGCCAUUUCAACCCAAUCCAAACUCAGAUAUUCCACUGUUUGUACCACACUGACAACAAUGUACUGUUGGGAGCACCAACAGGUUCAGGCAAGACCAUUGUAGCGGAAGUGGCCAUGUUUAGAGUAUUCAAUCAAUACCCAGACUGCAAGGUAGUCUACAUUGCACCUCUGAAAGCAUUGGUGAAAGAAAGAAUAAAGGAUUGGAAAGUGAGGCUCCAAGAAAAGCUUGGCAAAAAUGUUGUAGAACUAACAGGUGACGUAUCACCCGAUAUAAAAGCCAUACGCAAUUCUAAAGUGAUCGUAACAACACCCGAGAAAUGGGACGGCAUAAGUCGAUCGUGGCAAACCAGAAACUACGUACGAGACGUCGCCUUGAUCGUUAUCGACGAAAUACAUCUUUUGGGUGAAGACAGAGGACCUGUCUUAGAGGUUAUUGUAUCACGAACAAACUUCAUCGAAUCGCAUACAUCAAGGCGAUUGCGGAUCAUUGGAUUGUCGACUGCUUUGGCUAAUGCAAAGGACCUUGCCAACUGGCUCAACAUAGGGGAGAUGGGGCUCUAUAACUUUAGACCCUCUGUUCGUCCUGUCCCCUUAGAGGUGCACAUAUCAGGACACCCGGGCCGCCACUACUGUCCGCGGAUGAUGUCAAUGAACAAGCCGACGUUCCAGGCCAUCCGACAACACUCGCCGUCCGCGCCCGCGCUCGUCUUCGUAUCUAGUAGACGGCAGACAAGGUUAACAGCACUAGAUUUGAUCGCAUACUUAGCAGCUGAGGAUAACCCUAAACAAUGGCUGCACAUGAAGGAAUCGGAGAUGGAACAAAUCUUGUCAAACAUUCGGGAAUCCAACCUCAAACUCACGUUGGCUUUUGGCAUCGGAAUUCAUCACGCAGGCUUACACGAAAAGGAUCGAACAACCGUUGAAGAACUUUUCAUCAAUCAGAAAAUACAGGUACUAAUUUGCACCGCGACUCUAGCGUGGGGAGUCAACUUCCCCGCUCACUUGGUAGUGAUCAAGGGCACGGAAUAUUUCGACGGCAAACAAAAGAGAUACGUCGACAUGCCCAUCACUGAUGUGUUGCAAAUGAUGGGACGUGCUGGAAGACCGCAGUAUGACAACGAAGGAGUAGCAGUGGUAUUGGUGCACGAUCAAAAGAAGAACUUUUACAAGAAGUUCCUUUACGAGCCAUUCCCGGUGGAAUCCAGUUUGCUUGAAGUACUGGCUGACCAUUUGAAUGCAGAAAUUGUUGCUGGCACAGUGCAAACAAAACAAGACAUCCUAGACUAUAUGACGUGGACCUACUUCUUCAGACGACUACUGAAGAACCCUUCGUACUACAACCUUGAGAGCAUAGAGCCUCAGGACAUAAACCACUAUCUGUCCAAUUUAGUGCAAACUACCCUCGACGCUUUGGGUAAUGCGAACUGUGUGGAGAUUGAAGAGGACCAGCGUAAUAUCCACACCACUUGGAUGGGCCGCAUAGCGUCAUACUACUACCUGUCGCACAAAACUAUGGCGCACUUCAACGCGAACCUGCAGAGCAACCUCACGUUCGACAACUUGCUCCGACUGCUGGCUGACUCGGAGGAGUACGCCACGCUGCCUGUGAGACAUAACGAAGACAUACUCAAUGGUGAGCUGUCCCAACAGUGUCGCUUGCCAGUGGACUCGCUGACGCUGGACUCGUCCAAUGUGAAGGCGUUCCUACUGCUACAAGCGCAUCUGUCGCGUCUCCAGCUGCCCAAUACGGACUACCUCACCGACACCAAGUCUGUCUUGGACCAGACUAUUAGGAUCAUUCAGGCCAUGAUAGACGCAUCAGCGGAACACGGAUGGCUGGCAGUGUGUCUCACCUGUCAGACAUUAAUGCAGAGUAUCGUCCAAGCGCGUUGGCCGACCGACUCACCCUUGACCACCCUGCCACAUAUAGAAUCCCAACAUUUGUACAUAUUCACCAACAUAACCCGGGACACGAAGAGACCUUGCACGGUUCUGAAUGGUCUAAAGGUGGCGUGUACGAAGAAUUACGAGAACAUUGCCAAGUAUAUGAGAAGGGAGUUUGAAGAGCAUCAGAUUGAAGAGAUACAUCAGGCCAUUUGUGACCUGCCCACAUUGGAUCUGAAACUCCACAUCCGAGGCCUGUGGUUCGACAGCGACUGCGAGCUGGACAAACGGGUCAAACAGCCGCCCAGCAGAGACGACUGGUUGCCUUUACAUGCCGACCAGGAAUACACGCUCGUGGUGGACGUCGCGCGGCGCGGCGGCAACGCCAACAACGUCCGCUGCCCACGGUUCCCGCGCAGCAAGAACGAGGGCUGGCUCCUCACGCUCGGCACCACGGAGCACGGCGAGCUGCACGCGCUCAAGCGGGCGCCGGGCAGGGGCCGCACGCACGUCACCUUCUACACGCCUUCUAUACGAGGUCGUAUAAUAUACACGCUGUACAUCAUGAGCGACAGCUACAUGGGCUUGGAUCAGCAAUACGACUUGCAGUUUGAGCUCAUGGACCCGCUGCCUCCGGAGACUGUUGACAGAGUCUAUGACGACACCAAUAAAGUUAUCAUUGAAUGAUAUGUUACCUACUAACUGAUGUUUAAAAUAUUUAUAAAUAAAUUAUUUUUUAUCUAAUUGUUAAA